GGUUACCAGUGCUCAGUCUGUACAGCAGCAUCAAACAGAGCUGAUCAAGAGGGCUGAGCAGAAUAGACACCCUUUCCUAGACAAGAUGCUGAAGAAGUUCUGGAUGGGUCCCUUCCUACAUUACCCACAAUGCUCAGAGAUUAACAGGGAGGAGGAGGAGGUGAAUGGAUCUGAUGCUGUCGAGUGCCAACAUAAAAUAAAGUCUAAUUUGAAGAAGAAGUUCAGGGUUGUGUUUGAGGGAAUCGCUAUAGCAGGACAGCGAACAGAUCUGAAUGACUUCCUCACAGAGAUCUUCCUCACAGAGAGAGGCAGUGGAGAGGUCAACAAGGAACAUGAGGUCAGACUGAUUGAAACAGCUUCCAGGAAACCAGCCAUGGAGGAAACACCAAUCAGAUGUGAGGACAUCUUUAAACCCGUACCUGGAAGAGAUCAACCAAUCAGGACAAUGAUGACAACUGGGGUGGCCGGCAUUGGUAAAACCGUCUUAACACAGAAGUUCACCCUGGACUGGGCCAAAGGCAAAGCCAACCAGGACUUACACUUCACAUUUCUCCUCACUUUCAGAGAGCUGAAUUUACUAAAAGGGAAAGAAUUUAGCUUGGUGGAACUUCUUCAUCACUUCUUUAUUGAGACCAAAGAAGCAGGAAUCUGCAGUUACGACCGGUUUCAAGUUGUCUUCAUCUUGGAUGGUCUGGAUGAGUGUCGACUUCCUCUGGAUUUCCAGAGAAACCCGAUCUGGACUGAUGUCACAAAGUCCACCUCGGUGGACGUGUUGCUGACAAACCUCAUCAGGGGCGACCUGCUUCCCUCCGCUCGCAUCUGGAUAACCACACGCCCUGCGGCAGCCAAUCAGAUCCCUGCUAAAUGUGUUGACAUGGUGACAGAGGUGAGAGGGUUCACCGACCCACAGAAAGAGGAAUACUUCAGGAAGAGAAUCAGAGAGAAGACACUGGCCAGCACAAUCAUCUCCCACGUCAAAAAAUCACGAAGCCUCCACAUCAUGUGUCACAUCCCAGUCUUCUGUUGGAUCACGGCUACAGUUCUGCAGGACCUCUUCAAAACAUCCAAGAUAGGAGAUGAGAUACCCAAGACCGUGACUCAGAUGUACAGCCACUUCCUGAGGGUCCAGUCCAAACAGGUGAACAGAGAGUAUCCUGGGAGAGCUGAACCAGAUGCCCACUGGAGUUCAGAGAGCAGGGAGAUCAUUGUUUCUCUCGGAAAACUGGCUUUUAACCAGCUGGAGAAAGGCCACCUGAUCUUCUACGAGGCAGACCUGGCAGAGUGUGACAUCGAUAUCAGAGCAGCCUCAGUGUACUCAGGAGUGUUCACCCAGAUCUUUAAAGAGGAGUGUGAUCUGUACCAAGACAAGGUGUUCUGCUUUGUCCAUCUGAGCCUCCAGGAGUUUCUCGCUGCCCUUUAUGUCUUUAAGUCCUUCAUCAACACUGAUGUCAAUCUGCUCUCAGAAGAACCACCAACAUCCAGGCAAGAUAAACUCCUCCACCUCUACCAGACUGCUGUGGACCAGGCCUUACAGAGUGAGUACGGACACCUGGACUUGUUCCUCCGCUUCCUCCUGGGCCUCUCUCUGGAGCCUAAUCAGAAUCGCCUACGAGAUCUGGCGAGGCAGAGAAGUAGACGAAGAUGGACCAAGCAGAAAACAAUGUCUUACAUCAAGGGGAAGAUAGAUGGAGAUCUCUCUCCAGAGAGAACCAUAAAUCUGUUCCACUGUCUGAAUGAGCUGAACGACUGUUCUCUAGUGGACCAGAUCCAACUGUCCCUGACAUCAGGAAGUCUGUUCAAAACGCAUGUCUCUCCUGCUCAGUGGUCAGCUCUGGUCCUCAUCUUACUGUCAUCAGAAAAGGAGCUGGAAGUGUUUGACCUGAAGGAAUACUCAGCUUCAGAGGAGGGUCUUCUGAGGCUGCUGCCAUUGGUCAAAGCCUCCAAAACAUCUCUGCUCAAUGGCUGUCAUCUGUCAGAGAGAUGCUGUGAAGCUCUGGCCUCAGUUCUCAGCUCCAACUCCUCUAGUCUGACAGAGCUGGACCUGAGUACCAAUGAUCUGCAGGAUUCAGGAGUGAAGCUGCUCUCUGAUGGACUGGGGAGUCCACACUGUACACUGGAAACUCUCAGGCUGAAUCGCUGUCAGCUGUCAGAGAGAUGCUGUGAAGCUCUGGCCUCAGUUCUCAGCUCAAGCGCCUCUAGUCUGAGAGAGCUGGACCUGAGCAACAAUGAUCUGCAGGAUUCAGGAGUGAAGCUGCUCUCUGCUGGACUGGGGAGUCCACACUGUACACUGGAAACUCUCAGCUUGUCUGGCUGCCUGGUCACACAGGAAGGCUGUUUAUCUCUGAUCUCAGCGCUGAGCUCCAACCCCUCCCACCUGAGAGAGCUGGACCUGUGCUACAAUCACCCAGGAGACUCUGGAGCUGAGCUGCUCUCUGCUUUACUGAAGAAUCCACACUGGAGACUGGACACUCUCAGUGUGGAGCACGGUGGAGUGUUGAGGCUGAAACCAGUUCCAUUGAGAUAUGCCUGUGAACUCACACUGGACCCCAACACGGCCAACGAAUACCUCUCUCUGUCUGAGGACAAGAGCAAGGUGACGCUGGUUGGAGAGGACCAGUCGUAUCCGGAUCACCCAGACAGAUUUGACUACUAUCCCCAGGUGUUGGGUAGGGAGGCUCUGACUGGCCGCUGUUACUGGGAGGUAGAGUGGGAAGGAGAGGUUGUUAUAGGAGUGACAUACAGAGGAAUCCCAAGGAGAGGACGGGGUGGUGACAGCGGGCUUGGAGAGAACAACAAGUCCUGGAUUCUUUAUUGUCGUGAUGAUCGUUACUCUGCCUGGUACGACGGUAUAGAGACAGCCCUCCCUCUCCCCCCCGCUGGCUCCACCAGAGUAGGAGUGUAUCUGGACCGGCCUGCUGGCUCUCUGUCCUUCUACAGAGUGUCCCCAGGUGGAGGAGGGUCCUCAGACACACUGACACACAUCCACACCUUCCAGGCCUCCUUCACCCAGGAGGACCUCCUCCCUGGGGUUGGGAUAGGGUGGGGGUCCUCAAUGUCUCUUUGUUCGUUGUAGACACACACACACACACACACACACACACACACACACACACACACACACACACACACACACACACACACACACACACACACACACACACAAUCAUGAGUGAGAGCAUAGAGAGGCCUCAGGUGAGCUCUGCUGGGUUGUAGAGGAGCUGCUCUGGCCUGGUCAGGAUCGGAGGGGGGGUACAGACUGAGUUACAUGUGUGGGUCUAUGUUUUCUCAGAUAGGGGUCAUCAAGUUAUCUCCCUGUGUGUUUCACCGGAUGACCGUCCCCCAACCGACCCCCACGGGGACUGCCCCGAUCUUGUCGCCCCCCCCCUCAGGGUAGCUGUGUUAGAGGGCCCACCCCGUCCCAAGGUCUGGUGCCCCAAACGUCUCAAAGCUUCUAAGGCUCAGCCUUCCUCUUGGCCCUUUACUGUAACGCGUCAAUUUGUAUUAAUCGUGUUAAAAUAAGAUUGCGUUAAAGCGUAAUUAAUGUUUUAACUUGUCCAGCCCUAGUAUAUAUAAAUAUAAACUCACAUAUACACACACAGUAGCACCCAUAUAUAAACACACACAUGCAUAUUCAAACAAGUGAGCACACAAACACUGUAUGUAUAUAUCAAGACGCAAAGGAUUUCUUGGGCUUCUGAAAGUUAAUUAACUCUGAAAGGAAAAGACUUAAGACCUUCCAUGAGGUUAACUAAGCAGGUUUUACAAAGAAUAUAUUUCUAAUGACAAAUGCAUUUUAAAUAUUGAUUGAUAGUGAAUCGAAAUAUGUUUAUACUACAAUAUUUUGUAUGUUUUCAGCCGUUUAGAGUUUCAUAAUGCAUUGCUCUUAAAUAAUUUUUAUAUUCAUAAUGCAAGUGAUCAAUUCAUGUGCCUGAAAAAGCCUAUAAACUGAUCACUUUUAUUAUGAAGGAAAUAUGCUUUGUUACUUUUCUUAUUUGAGAAAUAACUUGAACAUCGUUUUUGUUUAUUGAUUUUUCAUGCUUUUCGUUUCAUGUCAUUUUUUUAUAUGUUUGAUUAUUAUUGAUACAGGGUAUACCUUCGGUGAAUUUAAAUUCCUACAUACAGGCUACAGGGCAGUCUCUAGGCUUUAUGUGAAAAAAAGAAAAUGACCAAGCAUUUGUUUAUAAUUCAUUUGAAAAAAAAAGUGUGUAUAAUCAGCACCCACUCACCUAACAGACGGAGAGAACAUCACGCAAUUGGGUUAUAUGACUUAUAUCCUAAUACAUUUUCUUACACAACAGUACUUUUAUCUAUUGUCUUGAUAUUAUUGGAUUAUGUAAUAAUCCAAUAAUUAUUAUUGUAUUGGAUUGAUAUUAAUGUAACUAAUGCACUGGUCUAUGAAACCAAAAUAAGUAGAUGCGAAUGUAUGUCGAUGCAUUUUAAUGCAUAGUUUUAUAAUUGUGAACACGAAAACAUACACAGGCCUAAUAAAACCAUUUUUUUUGCAAAUACAAA